GGUGCUGCCGCGUCCGUGGCCUCGACCGCGAGGAGGGGCGGGGUCGCGGGCCCUUCUGCUCCCUCCCCACACCUCGGGCCUGGGGCGUCCUUUGGUUUGGCCAUCGCUCACUGGGGCUGGCCGGGGAGGCCGGGCCGGAGGCGCGGGGGCUCCAGUGCGCGUGCGCGAGCGGCGCCCGCCCCUCCCCCGCCCGGCGCUGCUCGGUGGGCCGGGGCGCCGCGGGCUCGGCGGGGGAGCCGCGCCGCGGGAGUGUCAGGAGGCACAUCACAUCCGGGGUGGACUAUAAGGAAGCCCGUCAGGAGGUUGCAGCUUCGUGGCCCGCGGCCGGUCCCGCGGGAGAUGGCCCCGGGCGCGCCCACACUGCUGCUGCUGUGGCUGCUGUGGUUCCCCGACUUCCCGGCCCGCGCUGCCGGCUGCCCGGCCGCCUGCCGCUGCUACAGCGCCACGGUGGAGUGCGGCGCCCUGCGGCUGCGCGUCGUCCCGCCCGGAAUUCCACCUGGGACGCAGACGCUGUUCCUGCAGGACAACAGCAUCGCGCGCCUGGAACCGGGUGUACUGGCGCCUCUCGCAGCCCUGCGCCGUCUCUACCUGCACAAUAACAGCCUGCGCGCCCUGGAGCCAGGCGCCUUCCGCGCGCAGUCACGCCUGCUAGAGCUAGCGCUCACCGGCAACCGGCUGCGUGGCUUGCGAGUUGGCGCUUUCGCCGGCCUGGCCCAGCUCCGUGCGCUCUACCUGGCUGGUAACCAGCUAGUGCAGCUGCUGGAUUUCACCUUCCUGCACCUACCGCGACUGCAGGAGCUGCACCUGCAGGAAAACAGCAUUGAGCUGCUGGAGGACCAGGCCCUGGCCGGGCUCUCCUCAUUGGCACUGCUGGACCUCAGCAGGAAUCAACUGGGCACCAUCAGCCGUGAGGCCCUACAGCCCCUGGCCAGCCUGCAGGUCCUGCGUCUCACAGAGAACCCAUGGCGCUGUGACUGUGCCCUGCAUUGGCUGGGAGCAUGGAUCAAGGAGGGCGGCCAGCGGCUGCUCAGCUCCAGGGACAAGAAGAUAAUGUGUGCAGAGCCCCCGCGCCUGGCACUUCAAAGUCUCCUGGACAUAUCUGGCAGUAGCCUCAUCUGCAUCCCGCCCUCUGUACACGUGGAGCCGCUGGAGGUGACAGCCAACCUGGGGGAGGACCUGCGGGUUGCCUGCCAAGCUUCCGGCUACCCGCAGCCCCUGGUGACCUGGAGAAAGGUGGCCCAGCCUCGCGAAGGGCAGCCACGGGCUCAGAUCCAGCCAGACGGCGGGGCGCCGCGCCCAGGCGGGCCCGGCGCCUCUGACACGGGCAGCGGCAUGCUCUUCCUCACCAACAUCACCCUGGCCCACGCUGGCAAGUACGAGUGCGAGGCCUCCAACGCCGGCGGCGCCGCCCGCGUGCCCUUCCAGCUCCUGGUCAACCUGUCCCAGCAGCAGCAGCUGCAGCGGGCGCCCCCGCCGCCCCCGCACGCCGGCCCCGUCAGCCACGAGCCCCUGCACGAGGCGGGCAGCAUGGCCUUCCGCGCCCUGGGCCUGGCCACGCAGACGGCCAUCGCAGCCGCCAUCGCGCUCCUCGCGCUCACGGCGCUGCUGCUGGCGACCAUGAUCUGCCGCCGCCGGCGCAAGCGGAAAAAGGCGCCGGGGCCGCCGGGGGAGGGCGCGCUGUUCGUCAACGACUACUCGGAUGGGCCCUGCACCUUCGCGCAGCUCGAGGAGCUCCGCGACGAGCGAGGCCACGAGAUGUUCGUCAUCGACCGCUCCAAGCCGCUCUUCGCGGAGGGCCCGACGGAGGCGGCCGACGGCGCGGCUACCGGGCCGGCGCAGGGCCUCCCGCUGCAGCCGCCCGCAGCCUAUGAAAUUCACUGCUGAGCCGGGGCCUAAAGGGGCGGGCGGGCGCGUGCGGAUGACGUCGGCCUCGCGGACUAGCCGGCCCGCGGGCUCGCCCCGCGCAUGCUCCAGCGCAGUCAGUAAAGGCUAGAAGCUGCG